AUGGGUGCGUUAUGUGAACUUGUCGAGCGGAAACUUUGGGGCCCCGCGGGCGCCGAUCGGACGUCAGCUCGCGACGGGACUCGGCACGGAGUGGGCAUCAGUACUGCCGCGCGCUCUACAGCCUCGCCUCACCCGCCCCGCGUGCUCCGAGCGCCCCGUCAAGUCCAACGCAGGCUCUACCGCCACAACGCCUUUGCAUCGCCGAACGAUUUGAGAUUUGGCCUUCACUUCAAGCAGGAUCGUGCCUCCACGGGCUACGUGCAA